UGUCAAUCAAAACUUCUCCUUCUGACUACUGUGCACACCCAAUUCUGGUGAUGUUGUCUUGACAACUUCCUUUCUUGCGCUGAUUCAACUUUACGCUUUGCUCCUUUUGGCCUUUGGUACGUACUUGGGAUGCCCUCAUAUCCUGCUGCCUCUGUGCAGCUGUCCCCCACUUCCUAUCGCCUCCCUAUCUCCCACACCAACCACCCCUCCACCCACAAUGUCCACCACUAACCACUCAAUUGCAGGUUUGCUUCUUCCCAGAAGCCUACCACUUCGCUAUCACUUGUCCCCGUACCUGUGUUGGAAACCUGCAUCCAUUGAAUAGCUUCAUUGCUGCGACGAUGCUUCAAUUUCAAACCACUGGUUUCAAUGGCUAUGCAGUCAAGUACUCGCCCUACAUUGACUCACGCAUCGCCGUUGGAGCUGCUCAAAACUUUGGCCUCGUGGGUAAUGGUCGUGUCUACGUUUUGGAGUUGACGAGUCAAGGUAUCUUGUGUCCCAAGUUGUAAGUGUCUGAUAUCUGUAAUCAUCACAUGUAUAGGCAAUUCCUUGCUAACACUUUGAUAGCUACGACACGCAAGAUGCUGUCUACGAUAUCGCAUGGUCCGAGGCAAAUGAAAAUCAACUCUUGGCUGCAUGUGGAGACGGAACUGUCAAGCUGUUUGAUGUAAAUGUCGCUCACCAGCCAAUUGCCCAAUGGAGUGAACACUCUCGUGAGGUGUACUCUGUUUUCUGGAACCAAGUAACCAAGGACAACUUUGUAACCAGCUCAUGGGAUGGAACCCUUAAACUCGUGAGUAGACCCAAGCCUAUCCCUGACCCUAAUCCACGCACCAGCUAAUAUAUUUUUAGUACAACCCCGAGCGUGCUCAAUCCCUUCUCACCCUACCAACCCACUCGUGCACUUACAGUACCGAGUUCUCGCCUCACUCUCCAUCCAUCAUCUCCGCCGUCACCUCUGACUCGCAUAUCAGAAUCUUUGAUAUUCGAAUCCCUGCCUCUGCAGCAAACCAUCUUGUUCACCUUAUUCCCAUCCAUGGACCCGCACCAACCUUGGCCAACAUUAAUACUCGUGCUAACCCUCUUGGUCCCCGCCCCCCUCCAUCUGAGUGCCUCACCCACGAUUGGAACAAGUACCGCGGUACCAUUCUUGCCACUGCCGGUGUUGAUCAAAUCAUCAGAACCUUUGAUCUCCGUGCUCCUCGCGCUGGUGCAGUCACACUGAUGUCAGGUCAUCGCUAUGCAGUUCGUCGCAUCUCCUGGUCUCCCCACAAUAGUGACCUUCUCCUCAGUGGCUCCUACGACAUGAGUGUCAAACUCUGGUCUGACGGUAACGCCAUGAGCGAUGCCUCCAUGGUCACCCCCAACCUCGGCCGUGAGCUCGGCGAGAUGGGCGCACACACCGAGUUCGUCACAGGUGUUGACUGGUGCCUCUUUGGAUCUCAAGGCUGGGUUGCCAGUACAGCAUGGGACCAACGCUUACUCGUCUGGGAUGCUCGAACCAUCAUCACCUAAGUGACAGCUUCACAUCUUACAUAACUCUCCUGAUCUUCAACGUUGGCUGGAUAUCCUUUUUGUAUUCGGUUUUUUCUUGAUGACUGGAUACUGGUAUCGAUUUUCCUCUUGGGAAUGAGAUGAUGCAUGCAUUUGGGGGUUUUCUCGAAUUUGUAGAUUUGGGCAAUUAAGAUACCCUGGCGUUAUUGUGGCGUUUUCUUUUUACACAGUACAGCCCUUGAAUCGACAAUUCUGAACC